GCUAAGCGCGACUGCUCAUCUUCUUCGCCACGGCUCGUCCUCCGUCCAAGUCAGGAGCUGCGGCAUACCGUCAUCUGCAACGCCUGUUGCUGCGCUCCGUUCAAAGGACCGUCUUCGUCUCGUCUGCACCUUUCGUCUUCCCAGCGGCUCCCGCACAGUUUUUGAUCUGUUUGAUGAGAAGAAAAAUGGUGUAAUAGAGUUUGAUGAAUUCAUUCAUGCUCUAAGUGUCUUCCAUCCGUUGGCACCUAUGGAAGACAAGAUCAAUUUUUCAUUUAGGCUGUAUGACUUGAGGCAGACUGGUUUUAUUGAGCGUGAGGAGGUUAAGCAAAUGGUCAUUGCUAUUUUGAUGGAAUCCGGUGUGAAAUUAUCAGAUGACCUUCUUGAGGCCAUUAUAGAUAAGACAUUUGAAGAUGCUGAUGCUGAUAGGGAUGGAAAAAUAAAUCUAGAAGAAUGGAAGGAAUUCGUAUUACGCCACCCUAACCUGUUAAAGAACAUGACGCUGCCCUACCUAAGGGACAUUACAACCGUCUUCCCUAGUUUCAUCUUCAACACGGCAGUUGAAGAUUAAGCAGUAUUGGGAUUGCUUGAGCUACACAGGAUUCCUAAUCCUGAUGACUGGUGGCUGCUGAUUCUGUCAUCGUUCUUGUUGAAAUGGCUACCCAACUACUGAGAACCAUCUUUUCCAAAAAAAACUACUGAGAACCAUACGUGAUCAAUCAUGAGCACUUGUUGAAGAAAAAUCACGUGCAACUGACGGAAGAACAUUAGAGCAGCCACCUACCCUUCUGCUAUAAACCAAGGCCCCUCCAGGGUGGUGAAUUGACAAUGGAUCUACCUAUUCCGAUUUCUUGUUGCCAUUUUUGUCUCGAAAUGCAUCGAAUUGGUAACUGUAAAUACGGCUAGCAUUCCUUGAGUGCUCAGAAAUUCAGGAGCAACUGUACAUAUGUUAUAUUGUACUAGGAAAGCGAAAAGAUCCUUGUGCCAGCUCGUUUUGAAAUGGCCAAUUGUUUUGUGCCCCUCUUGAACAAGUAUAGAUGGAUGAGACCUAUUAAAUUGUUAGACUGUUGUUAGAAAGAACGAAUAAGACCUUUCACUUCUAUGAGUAAA